CGCUGGUCACCCCAGGCUCUGCAGGGAGAAGUGCGGUUAGAGUAGCCGGGGCCCCGGAGACCGGGGUUUAGGGGCCUCGGAGAGGAUGGAUUAAGGAAGGGCCACUCUCCUCAUCCCUAUCAACCUGACCUCCCCUACCCUGCCCCUCACUGUGAGUGUGAGAGUGAGUGAGCAUUGAGUGAGUGAGUGAGUGAGCAUUGUGCAGUGUGUCCCUGGCUGUGUGUGUAUACUGUGUGUGUGUGUGUAUGCUGUGUACACAGUGUGUGGAUGCCUGGCUGGAUAGUGGGUGUAUAUAGUGGGUAUAUAUAGUGUGCCAGCAUUGCUUUAUAUCUCAAUCACGUGCUUAUCAAUAUUGUCUGCCCUGAGCCCAUGGAUGAGCAGAUUAUCCCCAUGUAGGUAUGUGCUGUGUGUGCAUGUUCAGUGUGACAUGGGCAGGGUGUGAAUGCAUUGCUAUUCCAUAUACUCAUUCAUGGAUGUGCAUUUCAAUGUAGUUUUGGUGCUAAUACACCAUGCAGUGUGACUGCCUCUAUCUGAUUGGACCAAUUUUUUGGUUUACUGAAUAAUUUGACCUUACAUCAAUACAUUACUUCCUUAGUGCUUGCUAUCCUUUUUUUUUUUUUCCCCCUAUUGUUGUUUCCCACCAUCCCGCCCUUCUCCAUUCUUCUCUCCUGUACCUCUUCUUUUUCUUUUCUUUUUUUGCCUUCUCUACCUAACCCCUCACUCCUGCCUUCGCCUUGGAUACAUGAAGCGGUGUAAGUCGGACGAAUUGCACCCAGACGAGGUGGGUGCACAUGAUGUUCCUCAACAAUCCACGACUAUGGAUGUGCGAGUUACAGAUAUCCCAGUAUCUGGGGAUGUGGGGUCUACUGGGGCAGCUAUCAGCCAGGCGCCACUGGCCUUCACCAGGAGCAAGCCACCGGACCUUAAGAAGAUCCAGCAACUCUCUGAAGGUUCUAUGUUUGGACAUGGAUUGAAGCAUCUCUUUCACAGUCGUAGACGAUCCCGGGAGCGAGAUCAUCAGACCUCAUCAGAACCUCAGGCCCUCUGUUCAACCCCAGGCCCUUCAACCCCUCAAGCUCCCACAUCUGCUCCCCUAUCCUCCUCUGAUCACGACUCUGCUGAUGAAAAGGAGCGGUCUCCAGAAAUGCACAGGGUAUCUUAUGCCGUCUCCUUACAUGACCUACCUGCUCGCCCCACUGCCUUUAACCGUGUACUGCAACAAAUACGCUCUCGUCCCUCAGUCAAGAGAGGAUCUGGUCAACAUGGGGGUGGCCGGCGGAGCAAAAGUGGGCCAGGGGAAACAGCCCACCAUCAACAUCAUCAAUCAAUGCGAGGAGGAAGCCCUCACCUUCCACGCCGCCCUUCCCCAUUAGAUACAGGACUGGCUGCAGUGUUGCACCACCACCAAGGCAGACCUCGUUCUUCAUCGACUACUGAUGCUGCAUUACUGUCUGCUGGAGAUUCAAGCGGAACUGGAGGACUGUUGCAUGAGGAGCAGGACAGAACAACAGAGAAGCAAGUGGACAAGGGGGACCUGAGUACCUUGAACCUUCCUCCCAGUGUAGCUCAUGGCGGUUCAGAGGGAAACAUCAGCCUGGAAGCUCCAGAGGGUGCACCGGACCCUCAACGCACCAAAGCAGCAAUGGACCAUCUUCACCAGAAGAUCCUCAAAAUUACAGAACAAAUAAAGAUAGAGCAAGAGGCUCGGGACGAUAAUGUGGCAGAGUAUCUGAAACUGGCUAACAAUGCAGACCGACAACAGGCCUCCCGUAUUAAACAGGUUUUUGAGAAGAAGAACCAAAAAUCUGCUCAGACCAUUGCUCAGUUAUACAAGAAGUUGGAGCAUUAUCACAAGAAGUUGAAGGAAAUUGAGCAGAAUGGAAUCUCCCGGCAGCCCAAGGAUGUCUUGAGGGACAUGCAGCAGGGACUGAAAGAUGUGGGAGCUAAUGUACGAGCAGGCAUCAGUGGAUUCGGCGGAGGGGUUGUAGAGGGAGUUAAAGGAGGAUUAUCUGGUUUAUCUCAGGUGACACAUACUGCAGUGGUCUCAAAGCCCCGGGAGUUUGCUAGUCUCAUUCGUAACAAAUUUGGAAGUGCAGACAAUAUCCCUCACUUAAAGGAUGGACUAGAAGAAGAUGGUGAGGGACAAGGCGCUGCUAGAGCACUAAGUGGAAGUGCCACUCUUGCACCAAGCCCUAAGUAUGGAAGUGAUGAUGAGUGUUCCAGUGCUACCUCUGGGUCAGCUGGGGCAGGGAGUAACUCUGGGGCAGGACCAGUCGGGCUUGGCAGCCCUAGGUCUAACACUCUGGAUGGACAUCACCACGGACAUCAUGGGGGAUUUGAUGCUAUUCUAGAGGAGCUGUGUGAGAUUAAAGACGGUCAGAGCCACCUGGAAGAUACAAUGGAAGAUUUGAAAUCUCAGCUACAGCGAGAUUAUAGCUACAUGACACAGUGUCUCCAGGAAGAGCGCUACAGGUAUGAGCGAUUGGAAGAGCAGCUUAAUGACCUGACUGAGCUUCACCAGAAUGAGAUGACCCUUCUGAAGCAGGAGUUGGCUAGCAUGGAAGAAAAAGUUGCAUAUCAAUCAUAUGAGCGGGCCAGGGACAUACAGGAAGCUGUUGAGUCGUGCCUCACCAGGAUCACUAAGCUGGAAUUACAACAGCAGCAACAGCAAGUUGUCCAGCUGGAGGGGGUAGAAAACGCCAAUGCCCGAGCACUGCUGGGCAAGUUCAUCAACGUGCUGCUGGCCUUGAUGGCUGUGCUGUUAGUGUUCGUGUCUACGGCAGCCAGUUUUAUCACACCGCUGGUCAAAACACGUGUACGCCUUCUUUCCUCCCUUCUUUUCGUCCUCUCCCUUCUCACACUAUGGAGAAACUGGGACUGUGUUUCUUACUGCCUGGAACAUGUUCUCCUACCAAGCUGAGUCCCUCAUACCACCCCUUCUAAUGACUCAAUUCUGCAUCCAUAUCCCACUUACCCCACAUUAACGGGGUGAGAGACAUUGGGGAAGUGCUGGUUAGCACACUUAAAAUAUAUAUAUCUAUAUCUAUUGGCAUAUACUUAUAGAUAUAUAUAUAGAUAGAUCUAUUUAUGCAUAUAUUGAUGAACCUAUAUAGAGCGUCUUGUUACUAUAGGGGGCACUAAUUGUCUAACGUGCUCCCAACUGAAGAAAGAAGGAGCCUACAGAGCAAUGUGGAUAUUAGUUAUAGACUAAUGCUCUGAAUAAAGUGAAAUGACAUAGCAACCGUAGAAUGGGUAAUACUUAUGUGUAUUAUGUAGGUGUCGACACAGUGUAAAGGUCUGUAUUAGGGGGAGAGAUACAGUGGAGUAGCCUGAAUUACAAUAUCUACUAUUCCUCUAAGAAUGGAAAAAAGUAUAAUGCCGUGCUUCAAAGAAAAUCGUUUUCUGAGUAUGCCAUACAAAGUAUUAUGGGAAGCAAGGCUUUGCACAUUUUGAGUCAGCUGCAUGGAUUGACAGACUCAGAAAAACCCCAAAAUCCACCUUCUGUCUUUUAUAUGACUCAAAAAGAUUACAUUGCAACCUACCCUUAAGCUACAGACGUUAAGAGGAUAAAGAUGUCCUGUAAUGAGGAGGGUUUGGGGAGCUGAGGAUUGUUGGGGGAUAUAGCUCUAGCAAUCAGAACAGCUUCUCUUUUCUGACCGUGUGCAUUUUUACUCCGUAUGGUAAGCUAAUGAAUUUAUUACUCACAUAAAGGCUGCUGGUAAGUAUUCCGUGGCAUGAAGGUGAGCUGAAAGGGAUUUGCAAGUAAAAUGGAGAUGGCAGAACGGUGCUUAUAUUACAAAUGUAAUUAAUUCUAAUUUACAUGCAAUAAAUAUGAGAUGCUUCUGUGUUGGUUAACACGGUGUGGCAUCGCAGGCUAGUUUGCAAAAAAUGGAAUGGCAAGAUGGCGGUCAAACCAUUCCUUUUUCCUGCACUUGUGCUCAAAUUCUUAAAUUUACACUAUUUUUGGAUAGAUAUACGUUAUCUUUCCUUUUUAUUUAUUUAUUUUAUCUAUAGCGCACAUAACUGUGAUCGAAGAAAUGUAUCGAUUUGUACUUGCGUGGUCUGGCAAGUUGGGCAGCCGUUAAUUGAUUCUGACUGCUAUUAAAAAAAAAUCUUGCAGUACUUAAAAUGGUUGUCUUUCCAGAAGGUGAAUAGGCCUUUCAACAUGCACUUUUUAUUAUAUUUUUUUUUUAUAUAUCAUAUAUUAAUAUUUUAAUUACCAGUUGGAUGAUAGGGCAUUCCUGUACCAUCAAAGAAUGAGCAGAGAUUUUAACAGCCCCAAACAUACUGCACUCCAUAUCACAUGCCUGCGUGAAGCUCUUUAAUUUGAUUAGAUUUAUUUUUUCAUCAAUAAAUGUACAUAUGUGGAGAAGUCUCUAUCAAGAAUUGACAUAUACGCAUCAUAUCAUAUGUUAGACUGACAUUGAGCAGUCUGUUCCAUCCUCACGGCUGGUGGGAUUGGUAUUAUGAUCUAUGUAAUACAGCAUUUUGGUGGGAAUGUAACCCACGUUUUCGGAUAUUGGUGACCUCCUGUAUCACAUGGCAAGAUUUCAUUUUCUUGCUUAUGUGCAAAUAAAAUUUACACGUUUGAAAAAAAUAUAUAGAGUUUCUGUUUUGUCUGUUAUCAGUUAGUGAAAGAUUAUAUUAAUACUUCAAGUCAUGGGCAAUAUUCGCUACUUCCUGUUCUGUAAAUGCAACAUUAAAUGAUCUUGUUCUGUUUUUCUGUAAAUUAAGUGCAAUUGUUGAAAAAUACGUUUCAAGGGAAAAUAAUUUCCAUACCUGUAGCCUAAGGAAUAAAUAUCUCUUCAGAUAGUGCCUGUAGUAUUGCUAGUUUAAAGUAAUAUUCUAAGCUCCAAAACAAUUGUAGUUUAAUGAAGCAGUUCUUAGGAGUUACAUUGCUUUGUUUAUGCAGUCCCAGUCACACCUCCCCUGCAUGUGAUCCACACAUUUUCCUUAAACAUUUCCUAUAAAGAGAG